UUGAUUGUUUGUUCAUUGUUAUUUAUCUGUAUUGUGGGUGAACAAAAUGGUUGAUUUGGGGAAGACCGUGUCUCAGAAGGCUGAGACUUCUGAGGAGAAUCCUCAGGUACAGCUGAAGAUCACAGUACAGCCUGAGACACCUGUUCUGCUUGACCCUUUAGAGGCUGAACUGCGUGACCAGGAGGAGAAACUCCGCCAACAGGCCCAGGCAGUUGAGUCUCUGAAGGCUGAGUUGAAGGAGAAGGAAGAAGCAGCUCAGAAGGAGGCUAGGAGAAAACCUCUGAUUGCAGAUGUGGAGAAGGUCAGGACAAGUGGUAGUUCCAGUCAGUACAACAAGGACAUGGCUGAAUUCCAUGGCUACGAUCCGGACGUCUGGACCCCCAUCCAGACGGUCCGGAUCCACACCGGAAUCCGGACCAUCAUGACUAAGCAUGCAGCACGAGCGGUGAAGAAGCAUUUUGAGACUGUGAAAGCAUCUGGGGCAGCUCAUAAGGGAAACAAGGUGUGGAGAUGCAAGUUUUGCAACCAUAAUAGAACCGGGAGUGCCUCCCGCCUGAGGGAUCAUUUCCUGAAAGGUGCCUGCAAUGUCACACUUCCGAGAGCGACUAUCAGCAAGGACGAAUUGCUACGGAGGGAGCAAGGAAGAGAUGCCGCCAUUGUAGAGCUUGGAGGUGCACUUACUGGAGCUGGUGCUGAGCUUGAUCUGUCUUCGAGCGAGGAUGAAAUCGACACGGAGGAUGCAGUCACCAUUGUUGCUCUCACCAAGUCCUCCACAACGCAUGGCAGGCAAACGAAAAUCAUUGACAGUGCAGCUAUCAUCACUGCGAAUGAGGAAACCCAACGUACAGUCGAUGAUUGGAUGACAGUUGAGUGUGUGUCCUUCAACAUGAUGCGGAGCAUGUAUUGGGAUCGCAUGGUGAAGGCGCUGAUGAACGCGCCAAAGUCCUUCCAGUACGCCAAAUUCGACGAGAUGCGAACAAAAAGGGUGGCUGUCACGCGGAAGCGGGUGUCCGAGAGGAUGGAGCAGCUGCGCAAGGAAUGGUCCAUCAGCGGUUGCAUGUUGCAACUCGAUGGGUGGACUGAUCGGCGAGGAAGACCAUUCAUAAAUCGCCGAGAGAAGGGGGCAAAGGCAUACUUCGACAUUUUGUCGAAGGCUAUCCGCGAGAUCGGGGAGGAGGCAGUGGUGGGGGUGGUGAUGGACAAUGCAGCGACCUGUGCAGAUGCAGGUCGGAUGGUUGAGGCAGAGUUCAAACACAUCUUCUCAGUGUCGUGCACAGCGCACAACGUUGACCUGAUGCUCGAGCAGUUUGGGAAGAUAGGGUGGGUGGACGUCAUUCUAAAGAAGUCAGCGGAGGUAGUGAAGUUUGUUAUGAACCACUUGAGGGUGCAGGAAUUGCUCCUCGUCAAUUCCCACGGAGCAAUUCUCGCAAGGCCAGGAUCGACCCGAUUCGCCACGAAUUUCAUCAUGCUGGACAGCGUAUUGGUAUACAAUAGAUGGAACCAGCAUCUGUUGGACAAGCUUGAGAAGAAGCCGGUUGAAAAGGAAGACCCGAAGAAGAAGCCUUGGAGGGAUGGGGUCGGGGGCUUGACGGCGGAGCAAUUGUGCGAGGACGCAAAGAAGAGGGUGCAGGAGUGGAGAGCCACUGGCGAUAGGGAGGAGGCAAAGGAUUGUGAGGAUGAAGAUGACGACGACGAUGAUGGCGCCCAUGACAACGGGGCCAAGGCAAGCACCAUUGCAUGCCAGCGGGCCACCAGCAGCUUGCUUGAGCUCGAAAGGGAGCUGAACAAGGAGCUACCUUCAUGGAGGAAGGCCAUACGACCUUCCAAGUACCUCGCCCGCUUGCAUUUGGAGGAAUCUCAGCAUGCAGGCAAGACUAUGACAUCCGAGCACGUUGAGAAGUAUAUCAAUGCAAGAGCUCAAGCGUGCGCACCCAAUGUGAAGGCGCCUGCAAAGAGGCCUCCGGGGCGACCACAUAAGCACAUGUGCAGGGCACGGAGGCAGAUGAGGAGCAGGUGGCCGGAGAUGCAGAGGCAUCCGAGCGGGGGCGCAAACAGGAUGCUGGUCUCGAGGUUGCAGCAAAGGGGCCUGGAAAAAGACCCAAGGGGUGACCAAGGAAGGUGCUGCGAGAAGAGGAGGUGCAGGUGGAGUCAAGGGAGACUGGGGAAGAGGGGGAAUCAUCUCAGAAGGGCAGCACCGAAGUGGAAGACGAGGAGAGAUUGAAAGAAGGGGAGGACUGCAGCACAAAAGAAUCU